UUAUACGAACUACCUAGGUCAUACUUUAUUCUGCGGUAUUUAUGCUAUGCUUGUAUUCUAUUAUUUGACACAGGUAGAACUUGUGUCAAAAAUUAGAACACACAUUUUAGAGGUAUAUAACGCAUAAUAACGUAAGGAUCGUACACUUCUAACCACAAGAUUUCAUUCACUCACAUUGACGUUCAAAAUGUCGAAGGGAAAAGUCAUUUUUGUCGUAAGCAGCAAUGAUAAACUUGGAACAACCGGAAAGCAGACAGGCUGGUACCUACCGGAGGCAGCGCAUCCGUACGAGGUUCUCUCAAAGGCCGGGUACCAGAUUACAUUCGUCAGCCCUAAGGGAGGGAAAGCUCCGAUGGACGAAGGGAGUGGCCAGACGUUCAAGGACGAUGCCGUCUGCAAGGAAUUCCUAAAGCAUCACGUGACAAAGCUAGACAAGACGGUGAAAGCUUCCGAGUUGAAACCCGCUGACUUCAAAGGCCUGUUUUAUGUCGGCGGUCACGCACCAAUGUUCGACAUGCCUGCUGCCAAAGAUAUCGCCAAACUUGCAGCCGACAUUUACGAAAACGGCGGCAUUCUGGGCGCCGUCUGCCACGGAACUGUCGGUUUUGUCCCAGUUAAGCUGUCGUCAGGCGAAAGCUUGGUCAAAGGUCAGACCGUGACUUCAUUCACGAAUUCGGAGGAGGACGCUGUGAAGUUGUCGUCUGCUAUGCCUUUCAUGCUGGAAACCAAACUACGCGAGUUGGGGGCAAAAUUUGUUGGCGCUGACAAUUGGGCGUGUAAUGUACAGGUCAGUGGACGGCUGGUCAGUGGUCAGAAUCCCGCUUCGGCCACCAAGACGGGAGAGGAGAUGGUGAAACUAUUGGCCGCACAGUAACUUGACAAUUUACAUAUAAUUUAUCACUUGCAUUGAAUUUAUGUAUCACUUCAUGUUUAUUUUCUUUUGAAAUUACAUCAGUGCAUUUUGAUAUUACAUUAUUUAGUUAUGCUUUGUGUUGCUUCACUAUGGUGUACUUUCCAUAUUGUUUCCAAUAGAUCUGGUCGAGUAUUUAUUUGAGUGUUGAAUAAACCAUUGUAUAAUUAAAA